AUGUUAGUGAAUACGGCUCAGUUCGCCAUGAUCACUUUGGCUCUGCUGCUGGAUUUGAAGUCCGAAGCGGCACCAGCCACCUUCAAGUUGUGCGGCAGGAAUCUCGUAGAGGCUAUGGAAAUCGUUUGCAAGGAAUACAAUAGUCCCUCGUGGGAUGUACCAACAGUAAUUGAGCAGCCCACUGGAGUUGUCAGACGAAAAAGACAAAUGGGUAUAGCUGAUCGAUGUUGCCUUUCAACUUGUGAAACGGCUGAACUUAUACAAUACUGCUCCGUAAUAAAAUUAGAUUCUCCGCUCGAGCUGACCGACGACCACAUGAUCGAGGACCGUUCAGUGGAGGCGGCGAGUUCUGUGUCUUCACCGGCCGUGAUGGUGAAAGAGGAAUCUUCGAGCGCGCGGCGCGAGGUGGGACGCGGUCGCAGUCGCGGGUACGGGGCAAAGGCACGAGGCCGCCGUUGUUGGUGCCGGCGCAAACGGCGCACGGGCCGACGACGAACCUCGCUCAUGGGUAACAUGAAACUCGUAAAAAGUGCCGCGCGCGCUGCGCCCGUGGUGGGCACCGUCUCCCCCCUAUUAACGUGGGGCAGAACCUUAAACACUGAUUUGCCGUCAGCCGAAAGAGACAGAUAUGCCUACGUAGCCGUUUAUUCGUAA